GUUAGCCGCAGUACCUAGCGUCUGUGUCAAACAGCAGUAUCUGAAAUUGUUGCAAAUUCAAUGCGCAUCCGGUCACUUUUUGUGCUCACAAAAUUCGUAUUUUGCGCUGUACAUGCAUUUUAUAACUAUUUAACGUCAAAGUGACAAUGGGUAUUAUGGGGUUUGGGAAACAGCCUCUGUUUUCGUAGUAAUCCUAACCAGGUUGUUCCCAACGGUCGUGUUGGGAGAUGCCAAAAACGAGCACAGACACCCUAUGGGAGCUGGCUGUAGCGGAAUUACAGAGCCGGGAGAGUGGGGGUGCAGAGGAGGAUGGAGGAGAAACGGUUGUCAGCGAAAGGACCGUGUUUAUGAUUGGUAGUAAGGCAGGGGGUAAAACUUCAAUUCUUCUCCGAUGCCUUGACAGGGAUGAAGCUCCGAAGCCGACCCUUGCUCUGGAGUAUACUUUUGGCCGAAGAGCUAGAGGACACAACGCACCGAAGGACAUAGCUCACCUGUGGGAGCUGGGGGGAGGUACCUUCCUGUCAGACCUGGUCCAGAUCCCCAUCAAUCCUCUUGCCAUUAGAUCUCUCUCAGUCAUCCUUGUGCUGGAUCUCUCCAAGCCAAAUGCACUGUGGAGCACCAUGGAAAGGAUGCUGCAGGCAGCACAAACCCAAGUGGAGAAGGCCUACUCCCAGGCACAGCAAGCAGGAAAGCCCCAAGCUAGAACCAAGACCUCUUUCCACCCAGCAAUGCGCAACUUACCUAAAGACUAUCCUGACAGAGAGCUGAUUACUCCCUUUCCUGUUCCCUUGCUCAUUAUUGGCAGCAAAUAUGACAUGUUUCAGGAAAUGGACCCUGAAAAGAAGAAAGUGGUCAGUAAGACCCUUCGCUUUGUUGCCCACUACUAUGCAGCUUCUCUCAUCUUCACAAGCAUCAAGUCGGAGAACAUGAUGUCUAAAACCAGGAGCUUCUUUUCCCACUUGGCCUUUGGUCUGGACAGAGGGAAGUCUGUGUCCUUUGACUCUGCAAAGCCUCUCAUCAUUCCAGCCGGCUCUGACUCCCUGAGCCAAAUAGGUUCCCCUCCUGCGACCAAUGUGGAUAUUGGUUCUCUGCAUGCCAGGAACCCAAUGGACCUCUGGAAGAAAGUCUAUGAGAUUGUCUUUCCCACAGAGAGUUCCAGUGAGCGGAAGGAGCUGAUGGAGCCCGCCAAGGAUCCCCAGUACAAUGAGCCUCACGUUGAUGCCAUGAGGUCCCAGAAAGACCAGGAACUGGAGCAGUAUAAGAAAAAUGCAGCAAAGUCAUGGAAAGGACUGGAACUGGAAGCCUAGCAGAAAAUAUUGUCACACAAAUCAACACUACAUCUUUCAGCACGUGUAUUCUGUUCAUACACUUUUUUCCCCCUAUUUAUUGAAGCUUUUAUUAGUGUAGUUUUGCCAUAGUUAAUUCUGAUACACUUUUACAACUCAAGCUUACAAAACUAUUUCUGUUAACACAAAAUGAUUUUUUUAUACUGAUGAUAGAAUGUGUGCUAGAAAAAUAAACUUUAAAAUUUUCACUAGAAAAAUUUGUGUUUAGUUGCUAAAUUGAGCUGGGUACAUUUAUUACAACAUUCAAUCUAUACAUACACAUGGCUAGCAUGACAAAUACAAUCAACGUUUAGAAUACAGGCAAAUAAAAGUAAAGUAUUAAGUUCAUCUAAGUGCUUGGAAUGUGGACGUUAAAGAGUAAUACAAAUCUACCUGUUCUGUUGAGUCAAACCGACAAUACAUAGCCUACGUUUCGAGUUGCCGUGUUUAGAUAUGCCAUUCAGUUGGUAUUGGUAUACAAAACCAUAUUGUCUUUAACAAAGAUGGUCCUAAUGAGGUCAGACCUGUAAUCUAACCUUGUCAGCAUCAGUGCCAUGCUGUACUGCACCCUGGAACGUGAGUUUAAUCAUCAGGUCCAUGUCGUGGGUUGUCUUUGUUUUGUAUCUAUCCAAGCUUGCACCUGGUUGAACGUCAAAUUUUUACAAAGGCUUUGCUGAUUUCUUAAACCUGGAGCUCAAUUUACAUGCAACCAUUUUUAAUAGAUGAGAGAAUACCUAGUCCCUCAGCGGCUCUCGGGUACGGUGGAAUGACAACCUUGUUUUUUCCAAUCAGUAUGGAUCAAGGAUUAUAUCCUGUACCUUGCAUUGGGGUGAAUUGCCCUGACAGCACUAAUU